UCAAUUAGCUGGGCGGAAUGUAAACAAGUCCGCGUUGUGGUGGUGGAAUUUGAUUGACCGACUUUCGACAGCUCUACUAUGAUGCACUGUUCCACGACACAGAAUCCCAUUUCCCUGGAACGCAUUUGCCUCGAGUCUGUAGUGGGUAAAAUAGAAAAGGGCGACUCUCUCGAUGGCGUCUCCCUGCCACCGUGUGUGAUGGAUGCCUUGCACACAGUUCUAGCGUCCAGAAACCUGAUAAGCGACCGCACCAUGCAUCUAGUGUUUCAUACAAACUCUGAAAAGGCAAAACUUCAAAGCAGCCAGGUCACCGCGGAAGGGUUGAACCACUUGAGAAAAUGCUCCCGGCUCACUUCAUUGGAGAUCGGCCCUGCAAUUAAAUGGCCAUCUGACGAAGAAUACCUUUGCAAAGUCCUGUCUGAGCUUUGCAACCUCAAAGAGCUCCGCCUGGAGCAAGGAGGCUGCGUGAAGUCCUCCCUGGUUUCCAUGUUGUCUCGGCAAAACCCAACCCUGACUGUACUCAGCCUUUCCGGGUGCUCCAAUGUAGAGGACCAGUGUCUCUCUUCCCUGGGACAGCACUGCUACCGGUUAGAGUGUGUGGACUUCUCCUACACCCAGAUCACAGAUGAUGGUAUCGCAUCACUCUUUCAGAGCCCCUGCAGGUUGACAUUGAAGGAGGUGAUUGUGAGGGGCUGCAGGAGUAUUACGAACUGCGCCAUUGAAGGCCUCUACAGCAGCUGUCCGAAUCUAAGCAUACUUGUGUUUGACCAUUGUCCUCUCGUUGAAGCCGACUGCAGGUUCUUCCCAAGACCAAAAAACCUGAGGCAGAUGGCUUGGUCCAUUUUUAUGUGAGCGAACACGAUCUCGACACGGCUGUACAGAAGCUCCCAGAGCAUUCUUGACAAACCUGAGACCAGGUCUGCAGUUUCUCCGAGGUCUACUUCGGGUGGUGUGGUAUCGAGGGCAAUGGAAAACAUCAAUCGUGUAAAGUGUCCUCUCGUCCAUGGAUGUCAUAAACAUGUAAAAAACGUACUG